AUGGCUCUGGACCCCGGAUCCUGCAUCUUCCGCCGAUUCGCCAAGCUCAACGCCAAAAACCUCCUCUACCUCCAAGCAGAAUUAGCCUACAUCGAAGAAGAUCUUCAGCAUAUUAUAAUUGAAGACAAAAAUUCUGCAUCACCCGAGAAGGCAAACUAUCCCUAUUCAGUAUGGGAGUUGAAGGAAUCUCUCCACCAGAAGGAUGAGUAUCCCGAGCAGUGGAUGAAAGUUCUCGAGGCGCGGAAAUUGUUGAAUGAGUAUAAUGCAGCACUUCUCCAACAAGCCCAGCUCCUACAGUUUAGCAAGCCGGAGACGGCCGAUCUAGAAGUUCUCCAGGAGUGGCUAAACCGGGAACAGAGCGAGAAAAGAUACUUCUCCCCGGAGGAUCAGUGGAGUGGAGAGAACGCUGAAGAUUUGAUUGCGUUACAUAGCCGACACGAUAACACGGACAAGUUCACCCGUCUUGUGUUUACGCGUGUCAUCCCGUUUUUCCAUAGAUGGCUAGGAUAUCGGGAUACUUCCCGAAAAGAUAUCGAAGCUGGUGUUUGGUACUACAAUAACCGGAGAAUCAGAUCCUGGACAUAUAUAACAGCGGCCAAAUUGAUUAUCAUUUUCGUGUACAAUAUCAUAUUCGUGCUCGUUAUGGGCCUCAUGGUCAAGGCUAGACGGGUGGAGAUUUUUGCAACGGCGGCAGCGUUUGCUGCAAUUCAGGUGACCAUCCUUACGAGUGGGAAUGGAAGCUCUUGA